AAAUGAAUAAGAAUCCUUAAUCUUCCAGAACGAAAUUGGAGAACCAGGACUUGCUAUAAAUACCAGAGUUUCUCCUAUUCAAGGCCACGCUUGAAGUGAUCCACCCAACGCAAAGGGUUUUGCAAUUUUCUCAUUUUGGCCCUGGUUAGAAUGGUUUCUUCAAUGUAUGAUAAUUCUCCUGAAGAAACAGUUAAAGAUGAACAAGUAACAGAAGAAAACCAACUUGAAUCUACAGUUGGUAACAAGAAGUUGAAGGAGGAGCUGAAUUUAGUAUGUGGGUAUAGAUUUUCCCCAUAUGAUUAUGAGUUAAUUGUCUACUUUCUGUUAAGAAAGAUCUUGGGCAUGCAACUUCCUGUAAAUAUAAUCCCAGAGAUUGAUCUUUACCAUUAUGAUGCUGAUCAGCUUCCCAUUAGUGAAUUCAAAUAUGGGAUGCCAGGUGAGGCAUAUUUUUUUACCCAUACAGAGAGAAGAUAUGCAAGUGGAUCAUUGUUGAAAAGGACGACGAAUACAGGUUUCUGGAAGGCCUCUGGUGUAGAUGCAAAGAUAGUUCACAAGAAGCGAGUUAUUGGGUUGAAGAAAACCAUGGUUUUCUACUGGGGCAAAGCUCCAGCAGGGGUGAAAAGCUCUUGGAUUAUGCAUGAAUAUAGAGUCAAUCCCAAUUUGUUUCCUCAGGCUGAGCAGGACAAGAGCCUUAAGACCAAGUUGGAGAGCUACGUGGUGUGCAGAAUUCGAAAAAAAAACAAAGAUUCUAAGGCAAAAGUUCCAGAGGAAGGCUGAAAAAAUAGUAGAGUCUGCUUAAAUGAGUAGAAAUGUAAUGUCAAGGUUUUCCCUAAACCUAAUCAAUUGUUAAGAGGAUUUCUAUUGUAAUCUCAGUGUUACAUCCUGUUAACAAUUUUAGUAUGCAAUAAAAAGGGUCCCUUUCUUUUAUAA